AUGGUUGAAAUGCAAAAUGAUGUUCCAAAUCGUCCAAUUCAUAUUCAUGUUGCAUCUGAUCAACUUCAAGAAUAUGCUUUUCCCAGAAGGCAACAAUUAAAAUUAGCUAAUGAUCGACGUAUAUGUGUUCGUUGGAAUGAUGAGAAUGUCACUGAUGAAGUCGAUUGUCCAUCUCGUAUUUGUAAUGGAAUAAAUAGUAUGCAAUUUCCAACUAAUAAUAUUUGUAUUUAA